CAUUGAACUUACUCGAAACACAAGGGACCAUUUUUGCCAUUUUCUCCUUAAAAUUUCGACGCCUCAAAUUGAGCUUUAGUAGCAGCAGUCAAGAACAUCAGCAGGCAACGAUUCAUGGCUUUCCUCUUCCACAAAUUCCAAGAGGCGGUGAAAAUUCUUGCUAAAAGCCCCACUUUCGCUAGAGAAUCGAGGAUUCUUCAGUUCGAAGCUGAUACAAAUAUUCUAUUCCUUUACACUAGUUACAACCGUUUAGGAAGGAAUGCUGAAGAAGCUGAUGCAGAGGAGAUUAUUGAUAUCGCUAACAAAGCCUCCUUAGCCGAUCAACAAAAGCAGGUCCAUGAGAAUGUGCAUUCUCAGGUUUCAAGCUUUUGCAGAUAUAUGGAUGACAUAUUACUCCUGGAUCAAAAAGUCAAUGACAAUCUGGCCACAUCGCCUACAGCAACAAAUUCUUCUCCUGGUAGUAGUGGGCUUGGUCUUGCUGCUGGUGGGAAUUCUCCAUUACAAAACCAAACAGCUGUACCUGAAACCAAGGCAUUGCAGCGCAGAGAGGUUUCACAGAGGUUAAAGGAUCUUAUGAGCUACACGCUCGAGGUCAAACCAUCUAAAAUUCCCCAUGAAGAUGCUGGGAAGGGUUUAUUCUUACAGGGUGAAGCCAAUAUUGGUUCUGUCAUAGCAUUCUAUCCUGGAGUUGUCUACUCUCCAGCAUAUUACCGGUAUAUUCCUGGGUACCCUAGAGUGGAUGCCCAAAAUUCACAUUUGAUCACACGGUAUGAUGGGACUGUGAUCAAUGCCCAGCCCUGGGGUGCUGGUGGUGAAUCUCGUGAAAUAUGGGAACCUAAGCACACUAUGCAAGCUGAUGAAAAAGGUUCUGAUGUGAUGAACCGUGAAUUGCUGGAAAGGAGAAACCCUCUAGCCUUUGCUCAUUUUGCCAACCACCCAGCUAAAGGCAUGGUCCCCAAUGUAAUGAUCUGUCCUUAUGAUUUUCCCCUUCUUGAGAAGGACAUGAGACCCUAUAUACCUAAUGUUUCAUUUGGACACGGUGAAGAAAUAGAGAUGAAGAGAUUUGGCAGCUUUAUGAUCAAAUCGUGGAAGUCCAGCAACAAUGAAUCAAAGGUUGUCCCUGUUCUGAAGACACUUGUUCUUGUGGCUACUAGAGCAAUUUGUGAUGAAGAGGUUCUGCUGAACUACAGACUGAGCAAUUUAGAGCAUAUACCAUCGUGGUAUACUCCAGUAGAUGAAGGAGAUCAUUGAAGGAGGUGGAGCUAAGAUCAUUAUGAUGAUGGAUGCAUGUAUAAGUUGUUGAACAACCAUAUAAACAAGCAGGUUCAUAUUACUAUCGGUCGUCAUUCAACGUCAGGAUAGAGUGAAGGCAUUAAUUUUGGUGAUGUUAUCUGGUUCCUCUUUCAGUUCUCCGUGUUUUAGAAAGCCUAGGUCUUAACAAUUGUGGCUGACCAAUUAGGAGUUGCAUUAAAAGAAAAUGAUGUGCUGAGUUCUAGGAAUAGUUUAACUUUGCACAGAUGACACAUGAUUAAGUUUUCCGUGAUUUUCAAAAUAAAGGAGGAAAAAGAAACCGUCUUGGUUGAAAGGAUAAUUGUGACUGUUUAAAGUCAAAAACCUGCUUUCUUUGUGCUUGAUUAUGCAGUUACUCUUUUGUGAUUGAUUAUUCGAUUGAGAGUCAGGAAUUGUACUUAAAGAUAAGGUAUGUUGUUUACUUGUGAUAAUAGAUUUAUUUUGCGCUCUUGCUUGA